AUGGAAAUAAACAGAUAUUCCUUCAGUAACCUCGCCCAGGAAAUCCAAGAUACCAUUCUUAGCUUCGUCACUCCUUCCUGGUCUCACUCAGACCUCCACAAUUUCCGCCUAGUCAACCAUGCGUUCAAUGCAGCUAUCACUCCAGUUCUCUUCCACACACUUCACUUAAGUCGCAAUAGGCUCAGCGGAGAAAGAUUAAUGCAAAUCAGCCAAUCUCCAGAACUCGCCCGCUACGUGCAUUCCAUCUCCCUCGAUCGGCGUGAAUGGCGAUUACAUGACUUAUCCUACUCGUCGUUUUGCAAGAUAUUGCGCAAGGACCUGCAGAAUUCGCAGGCGAAUGCUUCUCCCAACGGUGCGCAAGAAGACAAAGAUAUACUGGACUCCAUUUCACAUGAGCAACUACAAGCCUGGCACGGGGCCGUUAUCAAAGAGUACAGAGCAGGCGAUGAUGUAGCUGGUUACACGGGCGACGCUGGAACCCACUGGCUGGACCACAUCUCAGGAGUCUUCCGCCAGUUUCCGAAUCUAGAAGCGAUGGAAUUGAUCACAUACGCAGAAGCAGCGAGGAAUACGCAUUAUUCACAGAGACGAACUGGUCUCACAGGGAUGAAUGAUAUGUAUUUUGGCAACUUCGGUACGGGGAAUAUCUUGAACUGGGCCGCUUCAGACGUGGAAAUGAAACUGAGAAGCCUUUCACUUUCUCAUAUCCGUCCUCCUGAUUAUGCUCUGUCGGAUCCUUAUACGAAGGCACUAAGUACACUGGAAGUCUUGAGGUUCUGCUUGGAUAGUCCGUAUGUCACGGUUAGCGGUCUUCACAAACCCCACUCUUCAAGUAUAUACCUCAUGUCUCUUUUGAGGGGUUGCACCGAUCUGAAAACUCUGGUGCUGGAGUUCUGCAGUCUGAAGGAACGCACCAAUGAGGUGGAAGGGUGUCAAUAA